AUGACGUCUAUUCCUUUCAACGAUCAGCGCUGGCAGCCGAGGGGCAAAGCUACGCAUGCACCAACAAUAUCUGAAGAUGGUGUGGAGAUCUGUUUUCCUACCGAGGCUGGUACAGACUGGUGGAGGACGCCUGAAAGAGAUAGUCAGGACGGAUUGAUGUAUGGCUUCGAGCAAGAGAUCGGCAAAGAGGGUAUCGAGAUCAGUGUAGAUGUGCAUGUAAACCCUGAAGUGCAAGUCUGGUUGUUGACGUAUAUCAGCGAUCAAGCUGCUGUACUCCUCAGGCUUGGCCCGACAACGUGGGUUAAAGCAGGCUUGGAGUUUGAAAACGGGAAAUUGUGGGCAGGUGUGGUAGCAACGGCCCCGUAUUCAGAUUGGUCACUCCUACCACCUCCUUCCAAGACUUCUCGUUUCACCUUGUCUCUCAAAGGGCAGAAAUUAAAAGUGUAUCUCAACGAAGAGAUGGUUCGAGAAGUCAAUGUCUUCGGUGAUGGGGAAGCAAAGAAGGGUUUCAUCGGCGUGAUGGGUUGUUCUCCUAAAGGAGGUGGAGCUGAAGUCGUAUUUAGGGAGUUUGCGGUGAAGGAGGGAGUCAGAGACUGA